AUGGAUGCUGAAGCGGAUGCCAACGGUGGGCCCGGAGGCAUUCGGCGUGCGUGUGACCAAUGCAGGCUACGGAAGCUCGACGGGGCUGGGGCAGAAGCCCAAGGAGCCGAGACAGCGAGUCCUGAUCUCAAGCCAAUACUGACAACGACAAGCGAGAAGAAGAUAGACGAUAUGCAAGAAAGCCUGGCCAGCAUCGAGACUUUGCUGCGGGAUCUCACAACCGGGUCCGGCUCCACGGCCGGGGCGAUCCAAGCCGUGGCCGCGUCCCUCUCGGCAGAGACAGACAAACUCCAAAGAUCGACGGAGAGAGCCACACCGUCGUCGUCGGCAUCGCGCGACGACAAUGACGGCUCCACGAUUUUUGACCCAGAGGAUGCCGAGUCCUUCGAGGGGAGCUCAUCACUGGCUGCCCAUGCGGCAUUUGCCUCCGAGCUCGUUUCUCAGGCGGUGCAGAGCAACAUGCUUGCCGCCGGCACGCCCUACAGCGCGCCAAACCCGCGCAUCGAAGCCGCGCUCUCCUCGCUCCGGCAGAUGGUCGACCUGCAGACGACCCGCCAGGGCAUGUCCGGCGGCGAGGCGCCCCCGCAGAAGACCAUCCACGUGGGGCGCGGCCGGCUGCGUGACCUGCCGAUGCCGCCGAUGGACUUUGUGAUCGAGAAGCUGCGUGACCUGAAGGGGGCGCCGGGUCCGAUGAUGCUCCUAGUCGUGACGUGCUUCACGGACAUCGAGGACUUCACCAACCGGUGUCGGCGGCUGUACUUCUGCACCGACGACGCCGACUUCUCCGAGAGUCUCUUCAUCAUCGUCAACGCGGGGCUCAUGUACCUGUUCUUCGAGGGCAGCGUGACGGCGCCGGCCGGGUCGGCCGAGAAGGCCCGGCUCGAGCGGUGCUGCGCCAUGUGCCAGGGCAACGUGGAGGCGGCGCUCGCGCACCUGCCACUGCUGAUGCCGGCGACGCUGGAGAACGUCGAGGCGCUGCUGAUGGCGGCCAGCUUCGCCAUUGACCUCAGCCGGCCGAGCCUGAGCUGGCUGCUGACGAGCCGCGCCGCGCACAUGUGCCGCACGCUGGGCCUGCACCAGGAGAGCAGCGUCCGCAACGACCCGCCCGAGGUCCGCGCCAACAAGGCCAUCCUGUUCUGGAGUACGUACAUGCUGGACAAAGGCCUGAGCCUACGGCUGGGCCGCGCCAGUGUCCUGCAGGACUACGACAUCAGCGUGCCCAGCGUGCUGCACCAGACGCAUGUGCAGCACCCACACGGGAGCCCACCGAGCGAGGCCAUCCUGAGCCUCUGGAUCAAGCAUGCCGAGGUGCAGGGCAGGAUCUACCAGAGGCUGUACUCGCCCGGCGCCCUGCGGCAGAGCGAGGCGGCACGGUCGCAGCAGGUGCAGCUCGUGGUGAAAGAUCUGCAGUUUCUGCUGCAGGAGACGCUCAGGUUGAUGGAAGAUGUGCGGAUCCAUGCAAAGACUCGGGAGGAAAAGAUGUUUGAGAUCGUCCUGAAGAGCGACGAGGUCAGCUACUAUUCGAGCUUGGCAUUGGCGUUCCGCGCCCUGCCUCCCAGUGGCACGGGGGCGAGCUUCUCGUUUGCGGAUGAAUGCCUGGACUCGGCCCGAGCGGCCAUGAAGAGCCAUCAGGAAGCCAUGGCCAUGAUGGACGACAAGAGCUUGGUGAUAGUGUAUUUGCACUGGACCAUUCUCUACGCACCCUUCAUCCCCUUCAUCGUGAUAUUCUGCCAUGUCAUUGAGACAUCAUCAACGUCAGACCUGCAGCUCCUGGAGCACUUCAUCCUAUCUUUGAAGGAUUCCUGCCAAAUCUCGGCGGCAGUGGACAAGCUACACCGGCUGUCGAAGGUGUUGUACCAUGUUGCGUUACUCUACGUCGAGGCCAAAACGCAGCAGUCGCUUGACCAGGACAUGGUGCCGGUGGGGAAUGAGUUUGACAUGUACCUUAGCCAGCUUGGUUUCAUGCCAAUGGACGAGACAAUGGCAGGAGGGCUCGGCGAUACCGCGCCUGAUGACAUGACGAGGAACUUGUUGCAAACUACACAGCUAGGCGACUGGUUUUCUGGAGGAAACCACAUCAUGGGGUUGGUGGAGGAAGACUUGUCGACAUUCAAUACUUCUGCGUGGUAG